AUGGCCCCGUGUGCGGAUGCUCCCGGAAGAAACAGCCCAGAGAUCCGUGCCAAAUGUAGAUAAAAGUGAUUGAAAUGGCGUCAGGAUCAGUGCGCGGCGGAGCUCUCUGCGCCGUAUCUCUGCUCAACUUUGCCGUCGUUUUCAUCACUGGCUCAGAUUUUAUUCGAUUUGUUUCAUUUAAAGCGAUUUAUCACAACAUCACCGGCGAAACGACUCUGUGCCAAGACUCUGUUCGGUGGUCUGCUGCGCUGCGUGACCCCUGGGUGCUGUGCUGUCUGCUGUGGGACCUGUGUCUGGUGGCUCUCUUCAUUCUGCAGCACAGUGUUUUGGCCUGGAGUCCAGUCAAACAGGUCUGUGAGAGGACCCUCGGGGCUUUAAACCGGACCAUCUACUGCCUGAGCACCGCCCUCAUCCUGCAGGUGUUGAUGCGUUUCUGGCAACCGGUCAGUGGUGCCCCCUGUCUGUGGUCCUUCAGAACUGCCCCAUGGAGCAUUUGGUUUCCUCUGAUUUGUUUCUCUCUGCACUUCGUCUGCUGGGCUCUGAUCUGCAGCAUCCUUAUGAUAUAUGACUACUCCGAAUUCUUGGGCAUCAAGCAGGUGUAUUAUAAAUGUCUGGGGUUGGGGGACCCUGUUGCUGAUAAACCAUACGGCGCUCAGAGGUUGCUGUCCCACCUGCGUCACCCUGUGUGCUUGGAGUUUUUGGUGGUCCUUUGGGUGCUCCCGGCUCUGUCACUGGACCGGCUCAUCCUGGCAGGGGCGCUGUCCUCUUAUCUGCUCCUGGGACACUCUCUGGACAAACAGGACCUGGCCUACCUCUGUGUCCACUUCAAGACCAAGGUCCUCUCUCAACAGGACAAAAAAGAGGAGUGAACGGGACUGAACCAUUAAAGAAAUACUAUAGACAGAUCAGACCUGGACAACUAUAUAUCUAUAGCUAUAUACUAUAGACGUUUAGUCAGUGUAAAACUGGUAUAUCGAUUUAUUGUUUUUCAUCAUACAUUUCUGAAUUACUCUGUUGUUAUGCGACACCUGAACUGCCUCGCCCAAAUGGGAAGUAUGCCCGGCUAGCUCAGUCGGUAGAGCAUGAGACUCUUAAUCUCAGGGUCGUGGGUUCGAGCCCCACGUUGGGCGUAGAGCUUUUGAGCCACAUACAUUCAAGAAAUAAACAAACAUUAUAAUGCAUUAACCAGUAUGACCAUGCAUCUUAUAACGUUGUAGUACAUUAGUAAUAACCGGUCAUUUUAGAAUUUGCCGUUCUGUUUGUUACUGGUCUUAAAUAGCAGCUGUGAAGUGUGUAGCCAAUUCUAUAGUAUAAGUGGGAAAUUGACAACAACAGGAGAAGAAAGAGGAGUGAAGAUAUCAUUAUGCAAAACCUCAACUGCCCUGGCCACUUGGUGUGACAUGCCCGGCUAGCUCAGUCGGUAGAGCAUGAGACUCUUAAUCUCAGGGUCGUGGGUUCGAGCCCCACGUUGGGCGCAGAGCUUUUGAGCAACACACAUUCUAGAAAUAACUAGUAUGACUGAGGAUGCAUGUUCCAAUGUAGUAAUAACUGUCCAUUUAAGAGUUUGGGAAAUUGUCCCGUUUGUUGUUCUGCUUGUUACUGGUCUUAAAUGUCAGCUGUGAAGUGUGUGGCCAAUACUAUACUGUAAGUGGGAAACUGAUAAAAACAAAAGGUUAGGAUGGAGCACAGAGAGAUCAUUUGAACAAGUGCUAAGCUGUAUGAAUGUAUGAUUAUACAUGGGGGGAGGCAUAUAUAAAGCCAUAUAACCAUGCACCCUUCCCCUAGCCCAGAGUGGCAGUGUAGAGAAAACUGAUGACAGUUUUAUACCAGUUACUUUCUAUAACGUUUUUUUUAUAGUAAUAUUGCAUUUUGUUUAUUUUUAUAGUUCAGUGUUGUACUGUUAUCACGUGUUGCACUGAUUUCACAUGUAUUUAAAGUUUUUGUAAAUUCCAUUAUUGUAGAGUUAGUGUGAAUGCAAAGACUAUCAAUAAAUAGCCAUAUUAACGACAUGACUUGACCAUUUUGUGUCUUAAGCCAUAAUAUUGAUUUGUAAUGAUCAUUUGAACAUUCUUGUUGCCAGUUUUACUAAUCCACCAUGCAAAAUAAAACGGGUCUGAAAUCCUUCCCCUC